UACAGCAAUGAAAUCAAUAAGCUUCUGGUCAUUCCUCAUAUUACUUGAGGUUUUCCCAUCAACUGCUUGGGGAUGGAUGGAAUCCAAUGGGAGCAAGCAAUUUUAUUCAGAUGCUGGGAGGCUAACACAUGAGGAAUCCAGAAGCUUUGAAGGCACAAGAAGAAAGGUGCUUUAUGGGGAAGAUGGCCUCCAUGCAUCUUGUGAAAAGAAGUACUGUGGGCGGGGAAGCAAGUGCGUUGUGAACAAGGAGACUGAUAAGCCCGAAUGUAGAUGCAUAGAUGACUGCAAGCCCAGUUAUAUGCCGGUGUGUGGAUCUGAUGGCAAAUUCUAUGAGAAUCACUGUGAACUUCAUCGAGCAUCCUGCUUGCAAAGGAAGAAAAUCUACAUUAUUCACAGCAAAGACUGCUUCUUCAAAGGUGACACGUGUACAAUGGCAGACUACCGUCAACUGAAGGGUAUCCUGCUGGACCUUCAAUCUCACCGGCAGAGGCAGCAAAACCACCCAGGAGAUGAGAGAAUCCAGAAGCGCUUCUUAGUUGAAGAUAUGUUUAACCACUUGGAUAUAAAUGGUGAUGGGCACCUCAGCAGCUCUGAAUUGGCUCAGUUGAUGAAAAGGGACGACCUGGAAGAAGUUUUCUUGGAUUGUACACCAGAGGAUCUUCUCCGAUUCGAUGAUUACAACAACGAUGGUUACUUAACUCUGCAAGAACUGUAUACUGCAUUCCAGGUGGUCCAACUCACACUUUCUGAAGAACAGAAGGUCAGCAUUACCACAGUAACUGUUGGGCUGAGCACCGUAUUGAACUGUGCUAUCCAUGGACCUCUGCGGCCUCCAAUCAUCUGGAAACGCAACGGGGUUGUGUUGAACUUUUUAGAUCUAGAAGAUAUUAAUGAUUUUGGAGAAGAUGAUUCUCUCUACAUCACCAAGGUAACAACUAUUCACAUGGGCAAUUACACGUGUCAUGCCUAUGGCUAUGAAGAACUGUAUCAGACCCACAUUCUUCAGGUGAAUGUGCCACCAGUGAUUCGUGUGUAUCCUGAAACCCAGGCACAAGAACCCGGGGUAUCAGCCAGCCUCAAGUGUCAUGCUGAGGGGAUCCCAAAUCCCAAAAUCUCCUGGCUAAAGAACGGCAUUGGUAUCAUGCCCAAAUUGUCUAAGCAACUGAUGCUAUUAGCAAAUGGAAGCGAACUUCACAUCAGUAGCGUUCGAUAUGAAGACACAGGUGCCUAUACUUGCAUUGCUAAAAAUGAAGUGGGAGUAGAUGAGGAUAUUUCUUCUCUCUUCAUUGAAGAUUCAGCUAGAAAGACUCUUGCAAACAUACUGUGGCGAGAGGAAGGGCUCAGUGUGGGAAAUAUGUUCUAUGUCUUUUCUGAUGAUGGGAUCACAAUAAUUCAGCCAACUGACUGUGAGAUCCAGAGGCACAUCAAACCAAAUGAGAAAGUUUUCUCAAGUUAUGCAGAAAUCUGUCCUAGAGUUGAAGGUGAAGCCAUUCAGUCCUGCCUCUGGGCUUCCGCUGUCAAUGUCAGAGACAAAUAUAUUUAUGUAACACAGCCAAAGUGGAAUAGAAUAAUGAUCCUUGAUAUCCAGACUCAGAAAGUCAUUCAGACCUUGGACACCGACCCUCUACCUGUAAAAUUACAUUACGAUAAGUCACAUGACCAAAUUUGGGUACUUAGCUGGGGCGAUAUGAAGAAGUCUCAUCCAGUUUUGCAGGUAAUACCAGAAGCAAGUACAGGAGACAACCAGCAUAUCAUUCGCACCCAUUUGAACGGGAUGGAUGAUUAUUUUAUUCCACAUACAAACCUCAUUAUCAAUCACAUCAGAUUUGGUUUCAUCUUUAACAAGUCUAAGUCUGUAGUUCACAAAAUUGAUCUGGAAACUGUGGCUCACAUCAAGACAAUCAGCUUCAAGAACUACAGCUGUUUGCCCCUAGCCAUGGCCUAUACACAUCUGGGUGGCUACUUCUUCGUCCAGUGCAAAACAAACAUGUCAAUACCAAUAACUCCACAGCUUAUAAUUGACAGUGUUACAGAUUCUGUUAUUGGCCCCAACAGCGAUAUAUCAGGUACUCCCUACAUCUCCCCUGAUGGACGCUAUUUGGUCAGUGCAGAUGAACAGAGCGGAAGGAUCAGAAUCCAGGCAAUAACAAUCCAAGGGGAAAUCAAGUUGAUUUAUGACUUACAAACCACCAUGCACAUAUCCGAUCUGACAUUUCAGUCCUCUUUCACCGAAGGCAAUCAGUAUUAUAUAUACGCUACUUCACAUUUGCAAACAGAUGUGCUUUUUGUAGAGUUGUCAACGGGGAAAAUGGACAUAUUGAAGAAUUUAAAGGACCCUAUCAAAUCCAAAGACUGGCCCUGGAGUAACUACAACAGAAUUAUCCAAGACAGUGGAUUAUUUGGACAAUACCUUAUAACACCAGCAAAGGAGUCACUAUUUAUAAUUAACGGGAGACAAAACACAUUACGCUGCGAGGUUUCGGGUAUCAAGAGAGGCAACACAGUGGUUUGGGUUGGAGAUGUAUGAAAAGUCAAAAGGAACAGAACUGCCAUAAAACAAUGGACUGAUUGGACCUUUAACUGCAAAAAAUAUAUAUAUGCAGUAGCAUUGUAUAUUUUUACACUGAGGGAAAAACUGUAUAAGCUUCAUGGUGCAACACUGGCCUACUUGCAAGGUUUAUAAUAUAAGGUAUGCUCUGCUAAUAGGAAUUGGUUAUGCUGGGAAUUUGUGUGGAAGUCGGACGUGACAGCUUGAGUUAUGGAACAUAUACUAGGAAAAGGAAUGAUUUCUCAAAACAGAGAUUGUUAUAAGCCACAUUCCUUGGUGAUUCUGUACAACAACACUUUUGAGUUGAAAAGCUGAUGACUCCUUAAGUUCCAUCAGUAUUCAUUCUAUUGGUCCAACAUAACAUUGCCUGUAGUGUGUGCCGUGUGGCAUGAAGUCAGGCCUGUAGCUUAGACAUUUUCACAUGGAUGGGCACACUGGAGAACCUUAGGCAUUUAUGUAUUUUGUUGAAAAUGCAAUCUCAGUCAAAAAGUCCUUUUUUAAAGCUUUUUUUUAAAAAAUGAAAAUGUUAUUUAUAUAAUUGUUCAGUAUGACAAAUAUUAUCAAGUCAGGAAAUUUAAAUAUUCAAACAGGUAAAAAAAAUCCACUCACCUUUAAAAAUAAUCAGACCAAGAAGGUAAGUUGAAAUAUCUGGUCAAUAUUUUUAUUUACGUUGCUUCGAAAUGCAGAUGGGGUGGCAAUACCCCUACAUGCCCUCCAAUAGCUGCAGGCGUCCACGGAAGACAUCACCUUUAACAUCAGAGGAAAGAGGUAAGAGGUUAAAAUUAAGGAUUGAGGGGAGGGUGUGAGAGCAUAUUGUCACUGAACGUAGUAUUUAGAAUGCAAAGAGAUUGGAGAGAAACAUACAUUGUUUCUUUACGGGGAUAUAUAAUUCAGGAAGGCUAACCCAACACCUUUCUGAGACCAAACAUGAUGGAAUUCUAUACUGUCAGGUAUAUUUCUCUGUCUCACAGCAAGCACCUAAAAUUGAUAUGGGUGGGGAACAUUUCUCCUCUUCAUUCCUAAGGAGAACAUUUUUCAAAUUUGUAUGAGGUGUUUCUAAAUAAAAUGGGUGAGGCGUAUUUGAAAGCUAAAAAACACAUGGGCAAAUAUGCAAAUAUCUUCUAUGUAAUCAGGAAAGAAAGCUUUAUCUGUUUUUGUUUUUAAGCAGCAGCUAUCAUUACUAAGUGUGCAAGAUGAACUGCUAUUUCAGCAGGCAGGAAAAUAAGCAGUGUUGUUCCCAGUACAGAGAGAAACGUUUCCAGAAAUAAUUUCUUCCCCUUCAUUAAAAAUUUACCAUUACUCGAAGUAAUUGGGUUCUUCAUGAAAACAAUAGCUAUGUCUUGAAAAGUACCCUUUCCAGUAGCCUAUUUUUGUGCAGAAAACUUUUAGCUUUUAUAUAAAUCAGACACUUAAUUUACAUCUGUCAUCCAAGAGCUGCUGC